AUGCGUUUGACAAGGCAUUUGUUGCAACAAUUUAGGGAUCAUAUGUUUAUGGAAAAAUUGAAAUAUUACGAACGUUUUCGUCCACAACCAAUAUCAUUGCAAAUGUAUUUGAGUUUUGGACAAACGGGAACUGUGGAAAUAUCAUUCAAAUUUUUACGAAAAGAACUUCUUGUUCGUUUAGCUAAUAUUACAAAGGAAGUUGAUUUAUUAUUUCAAAAUUUACCUCAAACAUCUGUUGCUACCGGCUUGCAUAGAUCAUAUUGCCAAAGUUUUGAAGAUUUGUUGCCGUUUGAAAAUGUUGAGCCAACCGAUGGUAAUAUCAGUUCAUUUAACGAAAAGGUGGAAAAAGUAAUGUUACGGCACGAAAAUACCAUUGAGGAAAUAGCAAAAGGCGUUAUCCAAUUACGACAAGAAUAUGGCGUAAAUAUAAUAUCAGAUAAUAAAGUUCAGUAUUCCUUGGACCGACUUUAUUUUAAUACGAUAUCUAUACGAAUCCUGCAGCAUCAGCAUUUGGUAGUUUUUGGAACAUCACUUCCAGAAAGUCCUCGACAUAUAGGUUGCAUUGAUCCAGCUUGCGAUGUCGCUGCAGUUAUUGUAGACGCCUAUGAUAGUGCUCGAUUCAUUUGUGAUGGAUGUUAUUGUGAUACGCCUAAAUUGCAAUUCAACUCUUAUAAUUCGGUUACACCUGGACAUCCGAUAGCUAUCGCAACCAUACCAUCAUAUUUGUAUUAUAUCAUGUUUGAAUUAUUCAAGAACUCGAUGCGUGCUACCAUUGAUCGUUACAGUGAAUUUGAAAAACUUCCUCCAGUUCAAGUAUUGGCAACAUUGGGCGAAGAAGAUUUGACAAUUAGAAUGAGUGAUAGUGGUGGUGGCAUUUCUCGAAGGAAGAUAGAUCAGUUAUUCCGUUACAGCUUUUCUACCGCACCACCACCAGAAAAUGGUGGUCACAAUCCAGCAUUGGCGGGAUGUGGUUAUGGUCUUCCUCUAUCUCGUUUAUACGCUCGCUAUUUUCACGGUGAUUUAAUGAUUAGUUCGAUGGAAGGCUAUGGAACCGAUGCCUUCUUGCAAUACCAUUUAAAGCCAGCGAAACAAUCCCGAAAUAAACAAUCCCAAACAAUUUUGCCGAAUGUUUCUCAGCCAUCAGGCUGA